AAUUUCGUAUAGUUUUAGCCGUUAUUUAUCGCCAAAUUUGAAAAGUGCAUCAAUGAAACUUAAAUAUAGCUUAUAAAUUUUAUAAGAAAUUGAGCUUAAAAAAUCAUAAAAAUUGUAACUGGUCCGAUUGCAUUUUAGCACCUCUGACUUUCACCCUUUAACGAAUUCUAAUGAUUUUUCUCUGUUUCUCAAGCGACCCUUGCUUCCUUCUCAUUUCCUCUCAUUAAUGCGCAUUGAUCCAGAAGUAUAAUUUUCACGCACCGAAGAACGUUGUUGGUGCUCUCGCAUAUGUAUGUAUGUAUACCAUGUGUAUGUAUGAGUAUUCGUUCGCAAAACCACCAAAACGCACCUGGCUUUACAUUGUCGCCCCUUCCGUUAUCGGGUUCACCUUUCCUUUCUUCCUCGUCCUUUCAUGCUUCGUUACCGUUGUGGCUGCUGCUGUCCUUUCCCUGGGCUAUGUUCGUGCCAUGCUCUGCGCGAGUUUACGAAUUUUAAGCCGGUGUGGAAGGUAAAAGCUGCACAUGUGCUAAGGCACACGUUUGCACAUUCUCGGGGCAAUAAGGAAGGAAACGACGCGGACCAUUUUUUUUAAGAUUACGUUUUUAGCUACAUUAUUCGAGAAGCUUCUCCUGAUGGAAUGGAACCAGUUGGAGCAAGAACGAAUCGUUUUAAAUAACCGUUUCAAUAUUGCAGUAAGUUAUUAUUCAACCAAAUUACUCACAAAUUUUCAUUCCCAAAGACCAGUGGAAUGGAAAAGAUUAGUUGGAAAUUAUUCAAAACAAAUGGUAACAAAUUUGUCUUGGGAAAUUCAGGGCAACGGAUGGAUUCAUUGUAAACACUGCUGCUGGUGCAACGAUUCUAAGUUGUGGUCGUUGCAUCAGCGAACAACUUGCCAGGAAUGACAAAUGAUUCUCUUGCAGUUUCCAUGAAAUGUUUGAAUUGAAUAAUUUUACUUCCGCAAAUUCCCAACAACCGAGCAAUGCAAGGAUUGUCCUUGUAUCGGGAAAAAAACUCUUCCCUCGAAUUCUUCGCAUCAUCCUUUGCAAUGCUCGGUAGACAAAUGGUAGACAAAUAGUGUACAAUGUCCUUGUGUACAAAAAGACAAAUGCAUUGUAUAAAAAUACGAUUUGUUUCUAAUUUUAUUUCCCGGCAAUGAGAACAGCUUGGAAUGAUCCUUCAUCGAGCAGUUAACCUAGAAAAACAGAAGCGUCUUUGUCCGUUUGAAGACACAUUUUAUAACCAAUUACAAGACUCUUACGGCCAACUUCUCUCCAUCUACAGUACGAUCACUCGAGAUAUUCCGAAACGAUGCUUUCAUUCCUCUAUCUUCAUAGCCAGAAUUCCCCUCGCGGCUACAUAUACCGUGCCGUUGCAUGUAACGCAUCUGGAUGUGAUGCAUCUUCUCCCGUUCCGUACCAUUCCUUCUCCAUCCCUGAAGCGUGUGCAAAAAGGGACCUCAACCACAUGUCCUGUGCCGCCUGGAAGGAAAUGGUAUCCUUCUUCUUGAGUGCUUUUUUCCGUUUUGCUUUCGUUCGAUCUACUCGACAAGGCGUCUUUGCCCGGAUCUGAGUGCGUGUGUGUUGGUGCAGGGUGCGUUUAAAAAGGCCACCACCGCGGGCAACAUACGGUAGAGGGUAAAUAUGAUGUUGUCCCGCAGUUUUUGUCAGCUUCUCGUUAAAUGCUGCCGUGUGCACGGUGAGACCGACAAGCGGGUAACAGAAAUUAACACUCAAGAUAAAAAUGUUAGCAGCAGUUAAAAAAAAAAAAAAAAAAACAUUUACUGAAGUCUACAUUUAUCUGUAUUUGUAUUCAAUAGUUUUUAAAGAAUAAUAAACUCGAAUAGUUAUCGUAACUGUGGUGACAUUAAUGAACAAAAAUUAGACAGAACAUUGGAAUAGAACAAAAAUGAAAUAAGAGACUUCGGCGUGAGACUAGACACGAAACUUAGUUUUACGGAAUAAUUUACCGUCUUACCGGUGACGUUACCUUUUGAACGGGUAGUGCAGCUUCCAUCACGCACAUGGCUGUUACCAGAAAAACACCCUUAUCCACAAUCCACUCAUACAGACAGCAACCAACAAAAAAAACGACUACCCCCCAAAAAAGAAUACACCGGAACGAAGCAACAUAAAAGGUAACAUAAAACGAAACGGAAUAGAGAGACAAAGCGAGAGGAACGAAGAAAAAACAAGAACGGCAAGAGAAUAAUGUUGUGCCGGUUAUGGUUGUGUGCGUAUUAUGUGUGGUUCUGCUGGGCGCAGAUGUGCCUCUACCCGCGGUCAAAGCCGGCUUGGCGCACGCAUCCUAAAGCAAAUGUUCCGAAACCGGCAAACCUGAAGGAGUCUUUUGUCGUUGCUGCUGUUGCUGCUGCGUGUUAGCGAGCCUGUUGCGCCGUUUCGUACGAGUGAGAAGUUUUUUUAAGUUCGCGUAUUUGGUUGGUGAAUUUUAUUACUGCACCGUUUUAUCGUUCAUUCUCCCACAAAAGGGAAUAAAGCUGUGGCUGUUGUUUUAAACGCUUUACGAUUAGCUAUUACUCACGGAAGAAAAGUUCAGUGUGUCGUUUUGUCAUUCUUUUUUUUUGUUUGCUGUUUGUCCGCUGCUUGUUCUGUGUUGUGAUUUUGCACGAUCGUUCAUCUCCCACCCGGGAGUGCAUGUGAGACGCAGAUUUUUUUUGUCAGUUUGUAGUUCUGUUUAUCCUCCUUGCUUACGUUGUCUUCCGAUUCGGAAUAGUGUAAAAGCAUCAUCCAACGACGAAUGGGGAAACAAAACUAACCAAAAAAAAAGGAAAGAUUUGCAGCGCUUUGUCGCCGUGAGUUUUGUGUCGUGCCGGGAUAAGAAGAGGGAUACACAAACACAGCGUUUCGCCUAAAGAAUAAUCAAACAACCGAAAGCUAAAAGCGAUCAUGUAGAAGGUGGUGAUCGCGUGUGGGGAAGAAAAAUUCGCAACAAGUUUCAGUUCCCACGGUUUUGGGCGUCCGAGUGGAUGGGCUAUGACAACAAAAAAAAGAACACACAGACAGCACAAGAUGCCUUCAAGGAACGGAAGAUCCCAUUAGCAUUUUGGCAAUGUGUCCUCUAUAAUGGAGCAAAUGUGUGCGGCAAAAAAAACCCUGAAAUCCAUGGCCGGAUGAUUAUGAACUAUAACCAUCCGAAAAUUAAAUCAUCCCCCAAUGACAGCUAUUCAUCAAAUGUCAACGAACCGCAUUUAGAAGGAAACACAGCAAAGCGUUAAUGUUUAAAUCGAAUUCCAGCAUUAUUGGCGAUAUCCGUCUGUUCCACUGCGAUGCGUUCGUCGCAGAGCAGAGGAUUGAUUAGCGUAAGUGAUUUGCGCGAAAGACACUUUUCGCUGCCAAAAAUAACCUUCUCGAUUAAAACACAAAGCAUAAAAAGGCACAAAUUAAUAAUUUGCAUACCUUCGCUUUGCUGGGAACACAGUAAAAACGGUGGCCUGCAUUGCUAAUUCGAUUUCUAUCUUUAUUUUUACGUCUUGCUUUUGGGUUCCGCUUUAUUUUGAUGCUUCUGCUUUCGGCUGCAGACACAGAUCCUCGAUCGCGAAUAGCGAAGAAAAAAGAUAAGCCUAAUUAAGGCCGCGAUCGAUAAGUGAAUAAUUCGAUACCCCCGGUGUGUUGCUGUGAUUAUUAUUCGCUUCUCUCAUCUCUUCACCAACCCUAAAACAGUGAUUAUGGUGCGUUCUUGCGGAUAAAGAAUUAAAACAAAUUCUUACCUACCUAUCUUCUCUAUCUAGGAAGCUUUAUUUAGUGUGUUCAUUGGUGUGUUGUGAAUGUUAGAGAAUGGAAUCGAAAUCGGUGAGAGUGUAAAUUAUUGUUGAUGGUAUAAUUAAAGAAAAUAAGUGCUUGAUUAUUAUCUCUUACCGACCGAAUCUCUGUUCCUUGCAACAACAACCGAAAAAAGUGAAACAAAGAUGUGCAUGUGAUCGAUUGGAAAUAAUAGAAGCGAGUGUAUGCGAGCGAAUGUGUUGGAAAAACCUGUGCUGUACAUGCGGUGUGUUGUGCUGUUUUGAAAAUUAGCUUAUUACCAUUCAGCCCUUACCAUUCCAAUAACCUUUAAAGGGUUAUGAGUUCCUGUGAGUUGGUGUAUGAAAAUCUAACCUAAUCCAAAAAGAGUGAGAAGCAUUUGGAAUAGCAAAAAGAAAAUAAAAAUCUUCCUCCGUGGUCUGUGCUAAGUAAGAAGAAGGAAAACCAGUUUAGCCUAACCAUAAUGGCACUGUGUGUACCGAAAGUUCGCGAACCAUUCGAUGGCUGCGGUCCAUUAACUAAUUAUAAGCAUCCCUCACGAUGGCAACUAUCAGUCCAGCUGGCACUUUUGCUCCUGGUGCUGGUGCUGAUCCCAAAACAUUCCGAGGGGCUCGCUGCGUCGUCGAAACUCGAACCCGUCCAUCAUCGUUGGACCCGGUCGGAGGCGAUGGACCCGAACGGGCUGUAUACGCUCGACUGGCACAUUGACCAGAAGGACAUUGUGUUUACAGCCACGGCCAAUACGCGCGGUUUUAUGGGACUCGGGUUUUCCCAUCGGUCGGAGCACAUGGCCGGGUCGGAUCUGGUUCUGGUGUGGGUCGACGAUCGUACCGGAAAACCGAACGUACUGGAUUGCCACGGUUCGAAAGACAAUCAUCAUAUGCCGGUGCAGGAUGAUACGCAGAACUAUCACAUCGAGAGCGGCUUCCAGAAUCUUACGCACACUAGCGUCACCUUUCGGCGGGCGCUUGAAACGUGUGAUCCUCACGACGUGAUCAUUGGGUCGGAUACGAUGAAGAUCCUUUGGUCGUACGGUGACCGAGACCCGGUUGCUGGCAGUCUGAAGGGCCACAGUACUAACCGAGGCGCUCGCUCAAUUCACUUCCUAGGGCCAAUGUUUCGCCGGCCGGCAGACGCACUGCAGCGGGACGACCUACGCCAGUGGGACGUUACGGUAAAGAAUGUGUCCAUCGAUACCAGCAUGGACACACUGUACUGGUGCAAGAUUCUGAAGGCACCGACACUGCGCGAGAAGCAUCACAUUAUCGGUUACGAGGCACUGCUAACGAAGGAAAGCUCAACAAAACAACCGCUAGUGCACCACAUGACACUAUUCGAGUGUUCCACAAAUUCCUACCCUGGUUCCGAUCCAAACUCUUGGGACGUGUGGGUAAAGAGCAGCGGUGCGGUCUGCAACAGCAAUCUUCUGACGCCUCGCGAUUGGGACUCGUGCAUCACACCGGUAGCGACCUGGGGUGUUGGUGCAUCAGGACAAUUCCUUCCGGAACACAUCGGGAUCCCGAUUGGUGGAGAUAAGGGCGCCCCGAAGUACUAUAUGCUCGAGGUACACUACGAUAAUCCGCGUGCGAAGCGUGUGUUGGACCAUUCCGGCUUUCGCAUACACUACACACGACACGUCCGGAAGCAUGACGCCGGCAUGAUGAUAUCCGGGGUGUCCGUGUCCGACACGCAGAUGAUACCACCAGGACAGAAGCUGUAUCGCAACGUCGGUAUCUGUGGACCGUCGUGUACCGGUGCCGUCUUCCCGGCAGAAGGCAUCAACAUUGUUUCGGCGGCACUGCACUCACAUGUAGCGGGUAGAAAGAUGAAGCUGCGACACGUUCGGGAUGGGAAGGAGCUGCCACGCAUCGUGGAGGACGAUAACUACAAUCAUAACUUCCAGCAAAUCCGUCAGCUGGAAAAUGAGACGAACGUUCUGCCGGGAGACUAUCUCAUCACCGAUUGCGCGUACGAGACUGUCAGCCGACGACGUCCCACACUCGGUGGGUAUUCCACCAAGCAGGAGAUGUGCCUGUCAUUCAUAACGUACUAUCCAAAAAUCGAACUUGCCGGUUGCUACAGCAUGACACCGGUGAAGGAAUUUUUCGAAACGUUCGGUGUGUUUCAGUUCUACGCAAUGAACAUGACCGAUGUGGAGAAUCUUUUCCUGUACAAUGGCAACAUUCUCGAUCUGCUGCCUACGACCGUAUUUCCAAACUUUGCGCCGGGAGGCGAUGUGGAUGAUGAGCAGAACCAACUUGCAAUCAAAGCGCUUCAGAACGCGAAGGAAUACAGCAUUAUUGAUGAGGAGGACAUCCUGUACAAGGAGUCGAUACUGAACAAACUGAUCAUAUCGGAUCCGGUCGAGUUCCAUGAUCGUACUUUUCUGUCACACUUGAAUCAACUUCCCUGGUCGGAGCCGCUGUUCACCAGGCGCGUCGAACAGAGCAUCCUCACCGGAAAACACAUGACCUUCUGUCGUGUCUCGAGUGAUUCCAUUUCCGUGGCGUCAGAAAUAUUCAAGUAUCCCGUCUUUGACACUUUCGUAAAAGCACCAAGCCAAUGCCCGUAUCAUCUGUUCAUGGAGUUUGCGGACCACACCUCUACGGGAGUCAAACAGAUGUCCAGCACGAAACUUCUUCUGUUGCUCCUAUUAACACUCUAUCGGCCAUUUGCUACGGCCACCUUCCAUUAGCCAUACUAGCGAAUUACAUCGCCACAUCCAUCAUGAAGGCAGUUGAGUUCGGGGAAAAUCUGACUCUCCGCGACUUUUAGUAGAAGAGGAGAAGGUUCCUUGAGAAUGAGUUGACCGACCUUCAGGAUAUUCUUUUUUUUUAUUUAUUGUACUACCUUUCUGCGCGCUUAUUGGACCUUUGAUUCUUCCUUGUCUGCAUGGACGAGUAUAAAUCACACCCCAUUUCCAUUCCCUCGCUUUAUCACGUUCUGCAAGAAGAAUGUAGCUCAGUAAGCUCUUAUACCAUAAUUUUCUCUAAUUUAUUUACUAGCCGUUACCGCUUGCUAUUGUGCAAGAGGCCUAUUAUUGUAUCGUUAGUAUUAUUGAUCCUGACCUUGUUCUCCUUGUGGUUGAAAAGCAACAAGAUGUAUGGCUCGAAUCUUUUCCGUUCAGAAGAAACAGCACACCAAACGAGCGAUUUGGCGACAACAGUCAUUUUAUUAUACCAUAAAUGCCGAUCAUCGUCUGGUAUUGAAAAACUGGUUGAUUUAAGUUAACGAAAACCUACUCUUGACUACCGACUUAUUUUAAUGUCAUAUGGCUAGAACCUAUUUUCAUGGCUUGUAUAAUGAUUGUUUUACCCGACAUGAAUCGUUUCCUAGGGUAAAUAGAUGGAACGCCUUAUAAAUUUACAAAAAAGUAAUCAUAAACCGAGCAAUAGCUUAUUUGUACAUUUUUGAACACACUGCUUAAAAGCGUUGAGUUAAGUGAAUGCUUCAAUUAGACGAGUGCGCCAGGACGGAAUUAGAAAUGCCAAAGUAAAAAUCGUCAUUUAAUCGCUCUCAUGUAAGGUAGAAUUCGAAUGUUAGCAAUGGAUUAAGUUAAUAGUGUGUCUUUUGAUGUUUCGGUUUCAAAAGCGUUGUGACACAUUAGCGCGAUAAACUCACCGAGUGAGGAUUUGUAGUGAAUUAGUAAUUAGUUAUACCAUUUAUUUUCUCUUACUUUUCAUUAAGUACAUCAGAAAAUGGAAAAAAUGGAGAAAUCUUACAUGAAGGUUAAUGGUUUUAAAUUUAAAUUGCAACUAUAAUUAAGCCGUGAAAAGAAACUAGUUCCAAUCAUAUUCCGAUAAAGUUGUAUCAUAGUCAUGUUAAGCCUUAAUAUAAAAUGAAUUUGUAACUGCUGUGUAAGCUGUAAGAGAAUGUGAAAAAUAAUGUAAAAUAAAAGAUAACUAAAUAAAUAAACAGCCAGAAUUGCCCAACUUUUUUGAGUAUCAAUCAUUAGUAGUAAUAUGAUAGAAAUUAUGUCCUAUAUUGAAACAAUAUCGAUGUUAGUAAGUAUUUCAUUAAUGUGGAUUUCUCACUUAAAUACUACAUGGUCAGAUGCUGUUACUCUCUUUCUUCUUGGCUUCUAGACGAUCUCUAAGGUCAUGUCUGGCUUUCUAGACUAAUUUUUAUCUCGUAAGCUAGUAAUCAGUCCUUGCUACUAGGGGACUAGGGGGUCCAGAAAGGAUUUGCAACCGGUUCUGUCGUGUGCAACUAGCGCCGUUUAUCACAUGCACUACCGGAUCGCUCCGUGUUGUAAUCAAUCUUUUUUUCUCAAUAGUCUGUAGACAAGAAUUUAUUUAGUAUACUUUGUCGAGUAAACUAGUAGCAUGCUUUACUAUUUUUAAGAAAUCUGUCUAAUUAGCCCCUGUGAGGUUGUGUUUUUGUUACCGUGUAAAGGGACCUUAAUAUACAUAGAAUCUGAAUGCACAGUGGUUGGCUCCAUGUCACCAUCACCAACUGACAGUUCACGUUUAGUAUGAAAACAAGCUCUGCCGGUGUUUUGUUUACGUUCCGCGUUCAUUUGCAUAGUUUUUAAUAAAUAUAACUACUAAACGAGUGCACAGUUAUAACAAUGGACUUACUAAAGCCACGAACUGUUCCCCUUUCA